UCCAACGUGUCUUGGUUCCUGAAUCUCAAGAUCCUGCAAAGGCAGCAGCAGAGUAAUUUUCGACUAAAGGACUCAGUGUCCAGUGCUCUAGCCGAGGAACCUAAGGGAACCACCACCCACACCGCCACUAUGCCCAACUUUUCUGGAAACUGGAAAAUCCUCAAAUCCGAACAGUUCGAGGAAUUGCUCUUAGAGCUGGGGGUGAACAUCAUGUUGAGGAAGAUCGCCGUGGCUGCAGCAUCCAAGCCAGCAGUGGAGAUCAAGCAGGAAGGGGACACUUUCUACAUCAAAACCUCUACUGCUGUGCGUACCACAGAGAUUAACUUCAAGAUUGGGGAGGAGUUUGAGGAGCAGACUGUGGAUGGGAGACCCUGCAAGAGCCUGGUGAAAUGGGAGAGUGAGAACAAAAUGGUCUGUGAGCAGAGGCUUCUGAAGGGAGAGGGCCCCAAGACCUCCUGGACCAGAGAACUGACCAAUGAUGGAGAGCUGAUCCUGACCAUGACGGCAAACGACGUUGUGUGCACCAGGGUCUAUGUCCGAGAGUGAGCAGCCAUGGACCAAGAGCCACCUGAAGCCCAUCUCUCCCCCACCCCACCAACCCACUGCUUCAGAGUCCCCGUAUAGCCACCACUCUCCCUUCCACACCCAUCUUAUAGCUUAGCUUUCCCUUUACCCCUUCACUCCUGUGGGCCACUGGGAUACCUCUUGUAGGGGCUUUUGUUCUUUGACCAACCCCUCCUUUUCUUUUGCCACACUGAGAGGGGCAGGUUGCAGGAGCCCAGACCACACCCCUUCCGCCAUCACUCCCCUCCCCCAGGCCAGCAGUCUAGCUCCACACCAGCCUACAGUCUCUUCUUCCCUCCAGGGAGGUUCUGAGUAAGAAGACUGUCUUUAAUUUCUACUCUUUGUCCCUGUAGCCUCCAUGGUUUAGAAUAUUUAUUUGUUAAUUUUAUUAAA